AUGUCUUCCACUUCUCCCUCUUCCCCUACACUACCAACCUUCGACGUGCUUGGAACGACGCCUCCCGAGAGCGUUGACGCGGUGGCCAUCGCCCGCACCUGGAGCGAUCUGUUCGCAGCGGGCAUCACGUCUCAAGACGUAGACACACUCAUCAACGACGCGCUCCACGCCGAUCCGUGGUGGCGAGACCUCUUCGCCCUCACCUGGGACAUCCGCACCUUCCACGGCCGCCGCGAGAUUUCGCGAUUCCUUGCAGACCGGCUGGCCGCGACGCACUUCGGCGGUAUCGAGUUCCUGAAGGCGACGUACCAGACACCGUAUCCGGACCUCGCCUGGGUCGUCGUUUCCUUCACGUUCACAACCGAUGUGGCAGCUGGAAGUGGCGAGGCACGACUGGUGUACUGUGCCGAUAUGGAGUGGCGGGCAGUGACGGUGUAUACGAACCUCGAGGGUCUCAGAGCCUAUCCAGAAUGUGUUGGGCCCCAUCGCGAUUUCAAUCCUGACAAUGGCGGGUGGACGCCGGGCGCGUCCUCCACGGAGGCCCCGGAUGUGCUCAUCAUCGGGGCAGGACUGAGCGGACUAUCUAUCGCGGCACGGCUGAACGCGCUGGGCGUGUCGAAUCUUGUAGUCGAGGCGGACGAACGAGUGGGUGAUAACUGGAGGAAGAGGCACGAGAAGCUCAGUUUACAUGGGCCCAUUUGGCAGAGCCAUCUGCCCUACCUUCCUUUUCCCGCUACCUGGCCUGUGUUUGUACCUGCGAAGAAAUUCGCAAAUUGGCUAGAACUUUACGCCGAUGCGCUCGAAAUUAACGUCCAGACCUCAACCUCGGCUAUUUCUAUACGUCGCAGCGACGAUAUGCAGAAGUGGGACGUCACUCUCCAGAGGUCAGACGGCUCGCAGCGCCUUUUAUCCGUGAAGCAUGUCGUUGUUGCGGUAGGCUGGCCGUUCAAACGCACGACGUUCGCAGGGCAGGAUGACUUCGCCGGCACGAUUGUACACUCGGUAGAUUUCCGCUCUGCAGCGCCGUACGUCGGCAAGAAGGUCGUUGUCAUCGGGGCGUGCUCCUCUGCGCACGAUGCCGCGUCCGACUGCGCGAGCCUCGGAAUCGACGUGACGAUGCACCAACGCUCGCGCACGUUCGUCAUGUCUAUAAACCCAAGCUGUCUCCGUGCCAUUCCCUCCGAGGAGUGGGAGACCGCACCCAUUGAAGACGUCGACCGCUCCAAGUUUGCACUCCCCAUCCCUCUUGCAAAGCUCUUCGCGAAGCGCGCAGCCUCGCUUACUCGCAGCGACGAUCAGGAGAUGCUUGAAGGACUAGAGAAAGCGGGAUAUCGCACCUCGAAUGGUGAGGAAGACCUGGGUGCGUUCUGGCAUCUCUUGCGCGCAAAAGGCCAUUAUCUUGACCGCGGUGCCUGCCAGCAGAUCAUCGAUGGAAAGAUCAAAAUCAAGUCCGGCGUCGACGUCGAACGCUUUACGCCCACCGGCGUGCGCUUCAGCGACGGAACAGAGCUGGAAGCCGACGUUAUCGUUGUCGCUACGGGGUACGACGAUGCGCGCCUCGUUAUCCGAGACCUCUUCUCCGGGGCUGUCUCACUGGACAACAUCCCGCAGAUAUGGGGGUUCGACGAUGCGACGGGCGAAGUACACGGUAUAUUCCGCGAUCUUACACCGGCACUGCCAGACGUAUGGCCAUUCUUAGGGGGUCUUGUGUGGGCGCGCUGGUUCUCGAAGCAUGUGGCGUUGCAGAUUAAGGCGAAGCUUGUUGGCUUGUACACCGGGAGGUACGAGGGGUGAUUGAU